CUUAAUGAUCAUUUUUAGCACGAGAAUGUGAGAUUAUGGCAAGUGAAUAAAAAAUUCUAAGAGGAAAAAGAUUGGUAUCUUGAAAAACGCAAGGAAGGGAAAACCAAAUCAUUUAAAGAGACAGCAAGAGAAUGAGAGUGAUGAGAUAUGCGCUCACGAAUAUUUACGAGAUGUGCAGGGGCGCGAUAGCAAGAUAAAGAAAAACACCUGUUGGCUGACUCUCGUGUAAGUGCAGGCAAGAGCGAUGGCCCACCUGUUUAAGAACCUCAGCAACAGCAUUUGGCAUGCGUUCCAAGCAUUGCAGGCCGAUGAUAUCAACACGGUCGCUAAGUCAAAGUUAAAGGUGUUGACGGCCAAUAUUGGUACAUUGAUGGAUUUGUAUGGCGUGGAAAAAGGUCUAGAGCAUUAUCGGAGUACACAGAGCUUGACAUUUGAUCAGUAUAUGUAUUAUUUGCAGAAAGAGGUGUUUUCUUCUAUAACUGAUGCUACUUCUCUACACACAUUGAAAAGAUUGGAGGAAGGAAUAGAUGAAAUCUGUUGGCUGGUCUGUAAGAAAAACUAUCUGGAAAGAUCUCACCCAGUUUUUGAAAAUCAAAGUGUUUACCAGUUAUUUCGAAUUUACUGUCUACUGGCUGAAUCAGAUCCGAAUGCAACAGAUUCUUAUCUGGUAACAAUGCAUGGUGAUGAAGUAGCACGAAUUGCUUCGCAUCUGGCAACAUCCUUGGGUUUGCAGUGGGAUGCUAUAGAUUUUUCUGCUCUAUCAGCAGCUAUCAAAAUGUUUAGGUUUCCCACAUUCCUAGCAGUUCUUGAAUCAAAAUACAGUGGUGGCAAUACCUUAGACACUGUGGCAUUAACAGAAGCUAUUGAUGAUCUUUAUCAGAUUUAUGUGGAGAAUGUAGUGAAGAAGGGUUAUUUGAUGAAAAAAGGUUUUCUACUGCCAACACUGCGAUACUUCUGGUUUGUACUGCGUCCUGGUGAAUUGGCAUAUUAUAAAGAUCCACACCAAAAAGAACCAUCUGGAUUAAUAUUAUUGAAUGCUAAUUGUUGGGCUGACUCUUUGUCCAAUAAUGGGAAGCUUGAUAGAAGAUUUGUUCUUAGCACACCUGAACACAGAUGUAUAGAGCUAGUAGCAGAGGAUCACAAAGGCAGGCUGCAAUGGCUUGCAGCAUUGCAAACAGCUAUUCAGCAUUCGAACGAGAAAAUCGGCUAUCAAAGAAGUUUGGCCAAUCAAAGAAGAUCUUUACGACAAGUAAAACUUGCUACUAAACAAGAAAAAGAAGAGACCAAGCUAGAACUUCAGCACGAGAGGCAAGCUAGAAUUGCUGCUGAAAUACAGGCUCGGAAAUUAGAAGCUCUGUCGAAAGAGGAAGGCGCCAAAGUUCAACAAUUGGAAGAUGUUAAGCAAAAACUGGAGUUGCUGCUACAAGAAGAAAAACAGGCUCUACGCGACGAGGAAAUAGUACGAAAUUUGCAAGCAAGAGUAUUACGUGAAGAAUGGGAGAAAAGAGAGCAAUUGGAAAAGUUGCAGCAGGAACAGCAAGAGUUGUUAGAAAUGGAGAAAAUGAAAAGACUAGAGUUUGAACGAAUGCAACAGAAAAAUGAACAACAGUUGCAUGAUGCCGAAUUACGUCUUCAGCAAUUGGAAAUGGAAAGGGAACAUUUGGAUGCUGAGUUACGUGUUGCACGCGAGAAAGUCAAACGCGCCGAAGAGGCUCAAUUUCUACUGGAGACGCAAAUUGUGACACAUCCUUUAAAAGGAGGCGAAAGGAUCAGACGUACUCAAAGCUUUAUACCGACGACGAAAGAGCGGCCACUUUCCAUGGAAAAUAUUGACACCAGGACUAUGACAUUGCAAAAAAAUAUUUGACACAUAUUUCAUUAUUGAGAACUACAAAAAUCAAUGCAUUUAUUAUCCAAAUUGCAUUUAAGUCUUCCACCAAAUAGAGUAAUACAAAGAGCUUAUAGAAACUAUUAUACAUUCGCUAUAAGUUGCAGGGCAACUAAACUAUAUUUUCAUAAAAAAUGCGAAAAUCUUCAUACGAGCUUCGAUCAAGGUACGAAUUCGAUAAUUUUUUUACUCUCGAUGCCUUGCUUCAUUUGCAAUUAUAGUAGAAAAGUAAUCAUAAUAACGCAUAUACAAAUAUUGUAUAUACAUAUUUUUCUCUUAUAUAAAGUUAUUGUCUCGAAAAUAAUGUGAUGGAUGACAUUUAUAUUUUAUAAGUUUAAAA